UGCAUAUAUAUUAAUGAGAAAUGUCUUAUGCACAUUCAUUUAGUGAUUAAUUGUCAAUUGAUCGUGAUUAUUUUCUGUUCGUGCAAUUAAGCCAAUUUUUCUAAUCCAUUAAUCGUAAUUCAAAAAUUUAAUUUACUAAUUUAAUACCUGGUUUAAAUAUAACGUAAAUGGAAGUAUAUUUCCCUCAGCAUGUGCUUGAAAAUAUUUUCAAAUAUAUUAAAGAUCCAAGGGAACUUUUGAGACUUAGCCGAGUUCACGUGACUUGGAAAAAUUAUAUUGAUAAUUUAUAUAUUUGGAAAGAAUUGUGUUCUAGUGGUGACAUAAAACCAUGGAAAUAUCAGUUGAUAAAAAUGAAGUUUCCAUUUUUGGAAAAUGAACAUUACAAAAAUUUGACAGCUAAACAAUUUAAAGACAUUGUUGUUUUGUACUUGCAAUGGUGUUCUUUAUUGGAAAGUGGUACUGAAAAAAUUCAAGGAUACUUCGAUUCGGCUCAACCUGGUUUUGAUGUCAAUACAUUUAAAUAUAACUGUGACUCAUUAGAAAAUUAUUUGGCUGUCGGAUUUUAUUUUUCUGGCUUGAUACAUUUAUUCAACUUGAAAACCGGUAAAGGUGAGAUGGAUCCGAUAGCAUUUAAAGACCAUGUUGAUGAUUUAAAUACUCAUGAAGUAUUUCCUUCCGGCCGGAUCAAAAUUAAAAUUUGGCGUACUGACGAUGGAAAAAUAAUUCUUGUAAUAUAUAUGAACUAUCAAAUUUUACUUUGGAACGUUGAAGAAAAAAGAAAAUAUAAAACUCCUGAAAUCUUUCUCACUGAUGUACGGAAAUCUUUGUACCUAAGCCGAGGAUUUAAUAACGACGUUUUUAUUAUAAAUGAACAUGAUCAUAAAAAAUUGUCAAUUUUUCAACUAGAAUUGAGUGAUGAUAAUGAAGUAAUAGCCAAUGAAAUUUUGAAUAUUGAUGUUGAAAACUACUUUUUUUACAAUUAUAAAGGAUUAUGUGUUAAAAAACGCAAAAUAAUGUUAAUUUAUCUAUUGCAUCCACGUCUAACAGAGAGACUCGCUAUUACAAAGUUAGCAGUAUCAAUUGUUAAAUUUCCUCAAUUAUUGUCUGAACCAAUAAAUAUAAGUGUCAGUGAUAAUAAUUAUACGACAACAGUAUUUCACGAGACUGGUUCUCCGAUGCAAACAUUUUUUAUUCCAACUUUUAAACUCCUGAUGGCUUACCACAAGAGAGAUAAAAAAUUUAGCGUUAUAGUUUUGAAAACUUCGCGUCAUGGACGGGAACCAGCUGUCGCAAAGCAGGCAAAUUAUCAACUACCAGAUAAUAUAAGUGAUGAAAUAGUAUUCUACUUUAAUUUUUUCGCAAAUUUCUUGUUAAUAAUUACUAAGCGAGGGAAUAUUUUUAUAUAUCAACUUCAGAAUAUAUUAAAUUUAUUUAAAAUUCAAUUCGAAAGUCUUCCAAUGCUCAAAAUAUUUCUCAAUGAAGCACCAAUAAGAGAACUAAAAAUGGCUCAAAUUGAUGGAAAGCCCAAUCUGAUUGUGCUAACUAAAAAUUCUCUCCUAUAUUUUCUGCGCAUGAAUUAAUUUUCUAAAAACUGCUUUUAUCAAUAAUACCCAGUAUAAAAAAAUAUAUAUGUAACCCACAGAAAUAAAUAAAAAUAAAUUUUUUUCUCUAU